CUCUCGCACAGCAAAGCAAAACGAAGCGUACGAGGUACACGCAACUGUGACUCGGGCUCGUGAUCUCCAUCCACGACUCGUCAUUCAAUCAGCUUCCAACGCACUCACACUCACACGCACACGCACACGCGUCAUUGUGAGGCGAGACGGGGUAGGCGCGCGAGGAUGAGCUCUUCGAAGGCCAAGGCCAAGGAGCUUGUGGACGUCGUGGCGGAAAGGGUCAACAAGUCGAUCGACGACGACAUCGCCUCUCUCAUGGAUUCCUUUCGCGACAUUGUGGGCCUGGCAGCUAUCAGGGACAAGGAUGCUUAUCAAGCUACGCAGGAUGGCAUAGAGGCAGAGGCGAGAGCGCACAACAUGGUCAGAGCAGCUCAAUCAUUAACGCUCCUCUCGCAUGCUCUCAAGCUGUCCCUCAUCAACUCGCUCGAAGUCGUCGACAGCUCCUCUGCAGAGGUGCAAUACCACUCGUCGAGCUCACACGAGACAGAAUCGACGGCCAAUCACUUCGUCGCGACCACUGUAACACCCAACGAGGAAGCGCGACGCUUGAUUGGUGCCACAAAAGAAGAGCGCAAAAAGUGUUUCCAGCUUCUCGCAUCGCUGGGCUUGGAACAGGUCUUCGAUGCUGUGGAGGUUGAGCAGGAAAGUGAGGGAGAAUUGCGCUCGGAUGAGGAGGUGGAGAGCUUCACAGGAGAUCGCGGUGCAGCAGCAGCGAUCGCUGGACUCGUUGGCGCAGCGCAGCGUGAUUCUUUGGUCCUUGGGCAAGAUGCGGAGCCAGCAGCAGAGUCAUUAGAAAGUGGUCCUGCUCAGCCAUCAUCUGCAACGCAGGCUGGUGCUUCCAACGCAAACGACACAGCCGUGCAAAGCGCAACGCAGAUAGCGCAAGCUGACGAUGUGAUGGCAGGACUUGAUGAUCGAAUCUCAGAAACGCUCGGAACACCGCCCAAAAAGUCAGACGGUGGCGGAGCGGAGGAAGAUGCGGAAAUGGAGGAUGUCGAAGUAGGUUGAUCCGCAUUCAAGAAACCCGGUCCGUCUUCGCGUCUUUGCCAAAUGGUCGCAAGGCUAGCUGCGACUACGGCAAUCAGAAUCUUGCUCCUGAUGCUGCUGUGUCCGUAACGCCGAACAGACGUCGC